UCUCCUCUACCCUCUGCCCGGAGGCUACGGGCGGGGCGGGACUAGGAGGCGAGAGCGUCUGGCCCUUCCUGUCCAGCGUGCCACCCGCGACCAGCCGGGGUUCCCGUGCGAGCCAAGGAGGCACAGCCGCCUCUGCCAGACAGGGUGCGAGUCACCGGGAAAGUGAAAGGGGGGCGAGGAACGUGGGGGAGGCCCGGGUGUAAGCUCUAGGCUCUUAAAGAGACCCGGGGCGCCGUGCCCCACGUUGUGGUGGCCCUGCACCCGGCGCCCCUCCCCAGCGGUCCGCCAGGCCCAGUGGCCCCACGAGCCGCGCUGGGGGCGGGCUCCAGCUCUGCUCUAGGAGGGCUGCGGCAGAUAGGACGCAGGGCCUGGACUACUCCAGUGAUGUUAAGAUCAGGAAUUCGAAGACAGUUUGACACUUACCUGGAAGUGUAACUCAUGUUCUAGACAUCUGACCGUGAUUUUAUUCUAUGUAUUAGGUACGGUGGUAGCAUGCUAUGGACAACACAGACCAGGGAUAAAGUCAAGACCUUUGAAGGACUCAGAUCCAUCAACAGCCCUGAAUGUGGUGACAGGAAGUUUGUGUGAAUCUAAAUCUGUUUCCUUCCUCUGAAAACAUCCUCCUAUAUUUGAGCAGUUCAAGCUCUACAUUUGUAACAUCAAACUGCUGUCUCUUAUAAGACCAUUUCAAGGACUAACAUUGGUUUUCAUAUAGCUUAAAGACUUGAACCCUGAAUCGGAGCCAGCCUCAGUGGGUGACAGUCAAUGAAAGUGCCAGCAGGGUGCCAGGAGCAACAUGCUUUGCCUCAGUCUGCCUACCACCAGCUUUCCAUCUGAGAGUGCUGGGACCUGCUGCUGACUGUAAAAUGGGAACUUGGCUAUGCUCCAGAAAGAAAGGUAAUAUCAUCCAGUGGCUCAAAAAGAAAAUCUGUCAUCAAAAGCUGAGUAGAUUUGUGGGAGACUCGGGGUGAAAGGUAGAUAGAGAAGAUGGUGGUGUUUCCCAAUGAUGUUUUCCAUUGACUUUGUUUCCUUUGAAGAAGACAAUGCAAGGGAAGAGGUAAAGCACAAAGAGCAGCAGAUCAGACCGUACCAAGCUCCAUAGGAGCAGCUGAGAGCUGUGAAGCAUGGUGGUUGCCGAGCUGCUGAGGAGGCCCUUGCUCUAAGGUGGGAAAGCAGGUCUUAGCAGCACAGCUUCCAUCACUCCCUGCUCACCAUGGACUCUACCCUCUGGCUGGAUGGCUGACAUGACCGUGUGCCCUAAUUGUGCAUGCUGCUGGACUGGGUGCCAUCCCAGGGACUGCCUGCUCUGUGGGAGCAGGGCAGGUGGGCAUCAGAUGCUGCCAAAAGCUGGAUGGGACAAAGAAAUGGACUCCAACAAGCUAAGAUGGAAGUGACCUGAGGCUUCACCCAGGCAGUUUCCUCUUGACAGGACAGCUUGAGUCAGAGCACACAGGCUUGCCUGGGGAGCAGUAUGCAGGAAGCUGGUUUUCAGGCCACAAAUGCUUUUGCAGAGUGCAAAUUCACCUGCACCAGCGGUAAAUGCUUGUAUUUUGGUUCAUUGGUCUGUAACCAACAGAACGACUGUGGGGACAACAGUGAUGAAGAAAACUGUCUCCUGGUGACUGAACAUCCACCUCCAGGCAUCUUCAACUCGGAGCUGGAGUUUGCCCAGAUCAUCAUUAUCAUUGUGGUGGUUACAGUGAUGGUUGUGGUCAUUGUCUGCCUGCUGAAUCACUACAAAGUGUCCACACGAUCUUUCAUCAACCGCCCGAGUCAAAGCAGGAGGCAAGAGAACAGGAUGCAGCAGGAAGGGUGCUUGUGGCCUUCAGACAGCUCCGAUCCUCAGCCAGGUGCCUCAGAGAUCAUGUACCCAUCUCGGUCUAGAGACAGGUUUGCUGCCCCAUCCUUUAUUCAGAGAGACCAGUUCAGUCGCUUUCAGCCCACCUACCCCUAUGUGCAGCAUGAGAUUGACCUUCCUCCCACCAUCUCCCUGUCUGAUGGGGAGGAGCCACCUCCUUACCAGGGGCCCUGUACCCUGCAGCUCAGGGACCCUGAACAGCAGAUGGAACUCAACCGAGAAUCUGUGAGGGCCCCACCCAACCGAACUAUAUUUGAUAGUGAUUUGAUAGACAUUUCUGUGUACAAUGGGGGCCCGUGCCCACCCAGCAGCAAUUCGGGAAUUAGUGCCACCACCUGCAGCAGUAACAGGAGGAUGGAGGGGCCACCUCCAACGUACAGUGAGGUGAUGGGCCACUACCCAGGAGCUUCUUUCUUCCAUCACCAGCAUGGCAACACACAAAGAGGGAGCAGACUGCCAUUUCAACAGGACAGCUCUGGAAGCACAAUGGUGCCCAUCCAGGGCAAAGACAGGAAGCCUGGGAAUCUUGUCUGACCCUCCAACAUUCACUUGAAUUAAGAAGAAACCAAGGAGGGAGGAGGGAGGAGGUCUGCACAGCUCCUCUGCUCCUGGGCACAGUGUUGUUGAGUUUUAUGUGCUACAACUAAGGAAAACCAAAUGGGCAAACGUGGUCCUUGUUUCUGAUUCCUUUCAGGGGAAUUGCAUGCAAACUAGACUGAAAUGAUACAAACUUUCAUCCGGUCUGACCAUAAACAGUGUUUAUUUGGGGGCAGGCAUAGGGAGGGGGGAUAGUUUGGGCAAAGGGUGGGUAUGGGAACACAGGGAAAGGGAUACUUUGAGAUAUCAUGAAAUAAAACCCAGAGGUAUUUGGUUUAUUUAAUUUUGAAAGGAGACUGCAGAGAAAGAGCCCAGAAUGGCCUGUUUUAUAGUUAAAUGAAUAAAGAAGUAAGCAUUACUAUAUAUUAUCAUGGGGAAAAAUUGGCCAGCUUGCUUUUUAUCCCAAGGUAUGGAACUUUUGUUUUCAAAAUAUGAUUCAAAAUUCCUGUUGGUUUUUUUUUGUGCCAAGGUAAAGUGGAGAAGUUAGGUGAAUGCAAGGAGUUAAUUUGUGUUAUGAUGAUGUGUUUUUAAAGGUUGCACUAUCUUAAUGUUUAAAAUAUAUAUAAGGGAACUGUUUUAUGUGACAUUCUUCUGUAUAUUGUCUUUUCACCUGUGGAUUAUUAUCAGGUCUGAGGAAUACCCUGGAGUGUGCCCCAUAAUUGUGCAAGAAAAGUUGUUUGGGGAUGUAGCCUAACAUGCCAACUUACAUAAAUCAAGGAAGUUAUUAUUGUAGGAAUUUGCAUCAGAUAGCAGUGUUUCACUGAAGCAUUUGGAGACUUUUGGAUGGAAGAUGGGAAAUACUAAGUUUCAGCAUUUCUGUAUUGUUGAGUUACACUGCUAGUCUUAGGCUGCAUGUUUGAUUAAAAAUGAACCUGACACAUGAAUUUAUGCAUCCAGUAUCAUGCAGCUUCCCUUGUCCUGCAGCAGUGGAGUUUCUUUAGUAACUUAGACUUUUUUUCACUGUAGCAUGAAUUAUACUCAGAUACAUACAUUAUUUUAUGCAAUAAAUUGUUUAAAAUGUAAGGUGGUUAUUUUUAACACUAUUGAAAUAAUGUGACUUCUCAGUAUAUUCCCAUCUUCUCUCUCCUUUCCUAGACAGUUCAAUUCAAUCCUGAACAGCUGGUCAGCACUCGAGAGGCUCUCAGUGGUCACUCCCCAUGGAGCCUCCCAGCCUAAGUGUGUGAGUGAUGCUGGCAGUGGCUUCAUGUGUAGAAAGGCCCUGAAUUGACAAAAGAACACCACAUUGCUGAGCAUGACAAUAAGCCAUUGCACUUCACUAGUACUGGCUCAGCAUUCCUGGAAGAAUGCAAACUCCUAAGGGAGUUCAUUCAGCCUUUGCAGUGGUGGCCAGAACUGGACAGUCAGUUAUAAAACAGUACAAGGUAGAGAAGCAGCUCUAAAAGCACAGGAUAAAAAGCACAACAUGCAGUUAAAAUGCAACUAGAAACAAAUUUUAAAUAUUGUUUUAAUAUUCCUGAUAUUUACGAAUAUUUGUUCUUGUGUAAAAUGAAUAACUUUCUUUUGCAGAAGUAGGCAUCUGGCUUUAAUAAUAGCACGAGCCAAUGAGUCCAUAAUACCGAAUGAUGGGAGGGCUUAUCUGUAGCAAAAGCCUGUUCUAUGUGGGUUAGGUUCCUUUGGCCUCUGCAUGUAACAAAAUGGAAUGGAAUGGUGACUCUGAUCUCUCUAGUUUUACUGCCAAAUAACACAGGUGUGUUUGAGUCUGUCUGUGGGUCACUGAGGUAAUUUGUCAGUGAGGUGCCUUUGUGCUGUUGGCUGAGAGCUGGAGAGACUAUUCCGAACUACAAGUCCUGUUUGCUGCCCUCUGCUCUUUCUGCUUCUUCUCUUAGUAGGUUUCUGGUUUCUGUUUUGUUUUGAGGAUGGACUCUUUGUUGGUUUUAUUCAUUUCACCUAGUAAUAGCCACAGAACUAGUCAAAAUCUCAAGAGAGAGAACAAAGGUGGGCAAUAGUUGGUUGGCGCUCAUACUGCAGAGUGUGUCUGAAAAUAUGUUCACUAAGAGUCCAGUGGUAAUCUUAAGACUGAGCAGAGCCCUGGGAGCCUUGACUCAAAACCAGAGCCUCCUAACCUCUCAGCUCAUUGCCUGUAUCACAAGCCUGUGCUUGAAGGAAACUGGGAAUCUUUAUGGCAUGAAGCCCAUCUCACCCUGUCAGGGGAAGAUUAGGAAGUCCUUGUCCCAGUCAGAAUCUGAUUGGUGGAGGUUUGGAGUAGAUUAUUGGUCAGGUGUCCCCUGACAAGAUUAGCUAAUUAUAUCAUUCCAAACCUUGCCUGCAAUUUUGGCAAAGUAGGUGGACCCACCACACAACUAGCUCAAAAUGUUCUUACAAUCCUUAACUUCCCUACCUGCUGCAAGAAUGACCUAAGGUCAAAAACUUGUCAAUUCCUAGUCACUUUGCAAGUAUAUGAAUGUUUUUCAGAUGUUCAUAUAAUUGGAAGAACAAUGAUUUAAUUCAAAUAAAUUUAAUCAUCCUUCAAAAGAAGGUUCCUCCCAUUAGGCCACUCUAGAGAAUUGCCCUUUAAAUUAAAUAGUUAUUUAAAGACAGAGAAACAUACAAAACUAUGACUUGAAAGGUCUUGAGGCUGGACCUUAGUAAUGAAUUAGUUUAAAAGCCAAGGUCAUUAUUAAUUCACCUUGAAUGAAUAAUAAAUUUCCUUUUGACACAGGGAAAACGUGACUUAGAUCAGUAGCUCUUUCCAUACCUUGCUGGUCUAUUGUGGAAAGAGGAGUGUUUGUGAAGACGUAGCUCACAUAGUGGGGCCUAAUGUUCUAAAGGACUGUACUGUUGGAGCCCAGGGACCCAGUUUAGAAAGCAGUGAUUUAAGCAAUCAGUAAUAAUAGGUUGAUUAUUUCAAUCGAGAGCAAAGGAUUGCAUUGUUCAAAGAACAGUUGGUGGGAACUGAUACUCUGGGCAUCCAACUGUGACUUGUCCCUUGUCCCAGGGACUUCCAGGAGUACGAAACCCAACACAUGCUGAGAUCCAUUUAUAGAAAUGCAGUCUUCAGGCAUAUAUUUGCUUUUUCAGGAAGUCUAGUGUUCUUCAGACCCUGAAACAGUCCUCAGUACAAAAGAGAUUUUGCUGAACUAAUUAUGCAUUUAAAAAGUUAAAGUAUUCUUUGCAUUUCUGACCAAAAUUUAGUAUUAAAGAAGCUUAACAAGCAUGUCCUCUGUCCUCCCCAUCAUAUAUACACAAAGAUACACAGUCCACAAAAAAUUUCAAGAUAGCAGAGAAUAAUAUUUGAAACUUACAAGAUUUGUCAUGAGGAUACAUGCACAUAUAUAUCCACUAAACUUAUGGGAGAGGAACGAGGGGCCAAGAGUAAACUGGAGGACUUUUAACACCGGCACAGGAAUGUGGUACACCGAUGAGUGCAUCUUGAGCUUCUAAAUAUCUCCACUAGAUCUUCUUCACCUUUAUCUUCAUAAGAAUGAGGUGUCAACAGGCAACUACUUUUAGAAAUCUUCUCUUAUGUGAAAGAAUCCAUUCAAAUCCCCGUCUUCCUCUCAGAACCAGUAGUUUCAUCCUGAAAGGGGUAAUCCUGUAUCUUCCAUCCAAUUGCUGUUCUCUCAAGGAAGACCUUUUUAGGGUGAAUCCUGGUGUAAUGGCCUUCAGAUACUGGUCCAUAGCAAAGAGAUACACCCAUUCAGCCCCUGCUCCUCAAAAGAAAGUCCAUCCGUGCCUUGGCUACUCAGGCUCCUGCGUGUUCCUGGCGCCUCAUGUCUUGUUUGCUGUGCUGGUGCUCACUCCUUGAGGUUUGAUGCUAAGAAUGGCAACAUUCACUGAAUAUUAAUUGGUAUGCGAUUUAUUUUUCUUAAAACUUUGAAAGCUUGACAGUGUAUAAAAAAAAAAAAACCUGGGAAGAAUACUUGGUUUUUGUUCAUUUUUUUAUUUUGUCUGAGUGACUAAAAGCAGAACCAUGCCAAUGCUUGGUGCCAAGCCUUUGUACAGUGACAUACUACUCCCCAGCCUUUGUACAUACUACUCCCAGCCAAGCGUCCCAACCUUGGCUGAAGAGCAGGCAUGCAGCCUCCAAUCUUCUUCCCCUUACCUAGAUUACCACAGACAGCCUUGGCAAAUUUAGAUCAAAUUGCAGGACUUUUCAACUUGGGUGACAAGUUCACAAGUCCUCCUCCUCACUGUGAAGAACACUGUAUCUGAUAGGGGCACACCAAAGUCACAGAUUAAAAAACUUUGUUUUCAUCCCAGGUCAUGAAUGAUAGUCCCAGCAGCUUUACACUCACCUAACUUUUAGGUAUUUAAAGGAGGCCUUGCAGAGAACAGAGGUGGAUGGAAAAUGGAAAGUACUCUCCUGCCUUGAGAUAUAUCCUACACUUCAACUUAUGUUAUUGUACUACCCACAGUGCUGCAUCUUUUGCAUAUUUUAUAUUCAUGAUUUCUGCCAGGAUUAGACAGUUAUUUGCUGUUGCUGCUUUCAGGUUGACUGUGUUAGAGGUUGUCCUGAGUAGGAUGCCUUGCUAAGAAAGCACCAUCUUCCCUUCAUCCUUUUCUUUCCUUCCUCAGUGUGUGCUUAAGUAUACUGUGGUGGGCCUUGGAGCUAUACAGAGAUUAUCACUAUACAACACAUGCAUAUUAUGCGGGUCCGUGUCACUUCAGAGAGUUCUGUAUGGCAGUAGGUUUUAAGCAACCACAUGCCCUUAUGUUCUGGUGUUAGCAGACAUAAGAGCUGAACCCCGCCACUGCUGUACUGUGCUCCACCUUUGUUGUGCCUCACUUACAAUGGUGCUUCUUCAGCUGUCUUUUCCUAUGUUUUUAUUUGUAAGGUGCUGUAUAUAACUUGAAUAUAUUAUGCACAUAUCCUACCCAAUGGGUAGAAGAAACAUUGUUAAUAUUGUAAUAUAAUAUAUAGAUACCAAUUUUAACAGAAAUGGCAUAGAAUUUGUGAAUGCCUAUGUGCUUUGUCCUCUUUUGUAAGGAAAUUUGCAAAUGGAUGCAUACAGAUAAAAGUCUAUGUAGUUUAUUUUCCUAUUAAAUAUCAAUAUUAUAACACAAGGGAAAGAAGUCUGAACAAGCAAGCUACUUUAUGACCAGCAUAUGUAUAGCAAUUGAGAGUUGCAUCUUUGCUGUGAAAACAUUUUUAGAAAUUAAUGUUUUUUAAUUCCAUGGCUUUCUGUUUACCACUAGAUACUGCUUCUUUUCAUCUUUUAGUGCUUAGUUGGACCAGUUUUAGUUAUAGUCAGGAAAAAUGUUGAUUUUUCAACUUGUUCUAUAAAAAGACAAUUUAUGUCUAAAGAAUAAUGAUGUGUUAGACCCAAGAGAAAGUGCACAUUUUGUUAAAAUUGUAAAAAUUGCACCAAAAGUACAUGGGCCUACAGCAGACAGAGGACUUUGUUCAGUACAGAGAUAUUUAUGCUUGUGUCCUAAGUCUCCCUCUGCAUUUUCCUUUGACAAAUUGAAGCUGUGGAGCCAAUGAAAUGACAAUGGAGUUCAUAGGGAAAGAAUACCUCAGGAAAAAUGAAUCCACAUCAGAGAAGACCCCAUUCUUUGAAAAAACGUUGUUAUGAAUAGUGGGUUAUCAUUAGUAGAGAAUUAGCUAUCUGCCAGCCAAGUGAAGAAUCUUAACAUUCAUUCCUUUUGGUGUCUCAUGGUGAUCUUGAUCCAAGAAAUAAACUAAGUUUGGCCACUGGUUAGGGAUUAUGUUUGGAGUUGCAUGCUGUGUCUCCCCUCUCUUACACAAGUGUCUGCUUCCAGCUCAGUUUUUAGUGUCUGACUGUGACUUCUGCAUUUUUCAAAUAUCCUAAUAUAUAUUUUAAAACCCUAUAACAGCAUGUUCACUAAACCACUGUUGAAUCAUGUGUGUGAGCAUCCUUUCCAGUGUGGUCCAUAAAGGCCAUCAGUGAAAUUUUACCCAUUUGAUAUAUAUUUCCAGUGUAUUCUGUUACUCAAGGAUAUUAAUUCUAAUAAAUUCCAUGGUUUUUAUUUGCUCCAUGGUUUAUGUUCUGAUUCUGAAAAAUCACAAUAAGAGCAUACCCUUUUCCUCCAGAAAGCAAAUUUUUACCAAUUAUUCUUAAACUGAAAAUGCUUGUACAACACAACUCAAUGCCGAACGGACUAAAAGUCAGCCCUUCUUUUAUUAUGUAUUUUUGGGAGGACCAUGGAAAGAUCAUUAUCUUGUGUGCUCCCCAUCCGUCCAGCCCCACUGUCUGCCCCAUCUUAUACUGUAGGGCUCCCCUGUGAUUCAAUAUUAUGAACAAAGGCUCAUUACUGCUAGGAACAACACCCUUACCCACCCUGGUUUGAUCUUCUGGAAGGACUGUUGAGCAGGUAUAAUCAGAGAAUGUUUUGGUCUCAGAGGUACUAAAAUUUGUUACCACACUGUUGUUUUCUUUCUACAGAUCUAAUUGAGAUUUAAACUUUACUGUUUAUCAUACUGGUUUAUUUUAAUAUGCUUAUUGGUAUAUUGCUACUUUUCAUUUCAUGGCUUUCAAAAAUCACAUUUUCUACUUGUAUACUUGUCUAGUUUAAAGCUCUUUUAAAAUAUGUAAUACUAUUCACAGUAUUUAGUUCAUUUAAUUUUUUAUUAUAAAGCAGCCUACUUAAAAAUACAAGUUCAAUUGUAUUUGAACUUUUCAAUUGUUGUUCAUGUGAACUAUGAUAAUCAGAAGUCAUUAAAGGAUUUUUUAACAGCAUUUGUGCUUACUUUUCAACACAAUUCCCGGUUAUAUACAAAAAAAAGUUUCCAACUGUUGUGUAUCUGCUUCUUUUUAACUGAGCAAUGGUGAUGUAGUUCUUAGACCUAAGGUCUGUAAUUGUAAUGCUCUUAAAGAAAGAUGUUGCUCUAAGUGCUGCUAAAGUUAUUAAAUCAGCUUUUUCUGCUUGUUCUUAAUGCUGUGGUCAAACCACAGCACAAAAUUAUUAAAAGUAAUCAGUGAUAUA